GGUGUCCUGUCGCAUAAUAUUUCCCCGAACAGUUUUAUGAGGAAGUCCGUUUCCUUGUCUGUUGUUUGUGACCACGAUGUUUCGUCGUAUUGUUUAAUUGAUGUUUUGGUGUCGCUUGGUCGAGCUGUAAUCAUAAAUGGAUUCCAAGGUGUCUGAAAAGCAGGACUCCCGCCCUUUGAGACGAUCAACAAGACAGUCGCUAGUAAAAGUAUUGAGUGUUGAACCGACGCCAAGAGGUCCUCUAAAGAGGACUAAAAGGAGGCCAUCAAACCAAGCAGCUGUUAAUGGUUCCAAAAAUAUGGAGAGUGGCUCAGACGAUGAAGAGUCCCCCAGCAAGAAGAGCCGGAAGGAGACUGGAAGAGGAGGAGUGGGCGGCAGUGGUGAUGAUGAUGAUGAUGAUGAUGGUGAUGAGAUGGAUGUCCAGCAAUCAGUUGAUUAUCUGGAGAAAAAUGACCAACUGGAAAUGGAUGUUGAACAGGACUCUUCUCACAUCUUUCAUCGACCAACAAUAUACCAAGGCGCCCUUGGAGAUGUGAAUUUAUCCCCCCGUGUACUGCUCGGUGAGCGCUGCCUACCCAGUCGUGCUGAAAAAGAAGAUACAGACUUGAAGAAAACCAAGAGAGUCGAACCGUCAGCAAAAGGGCCUACAACACUUUCCAAGUCUGCCGCACAUGUUAGAUCAUCCGAGAACACGCAUAAUGAGCCGAUCAUGAAGAUCACCAGCAUGGAGUACAAGAAGAAGAUGGAAGCAAAAACUGAGCCCUCUGAUAUACCCAUAUUUAACCACUACAUCACAAGCAUCCCAGCCUCGGAGAAACACUGCACAACGCGACAACGUAUGAAUAACAUUCCAGCACCAAAAAAAAAUGCUCAGCACAAAAAAACAGAAGGGAGAAAGAAAACUGCUGUUAUCAAAGAAAGCUCUUGUUCCUUUUGGGGAUUCAUGUGGUAUUUUUGCUGUUUGGUUCUCCUGGUGCUGUUCGUCUGUGCUGGCCUGCACGUCAUGCCCAAGAUCAUCACUGUGCUCCAAAGGACUGGAGAUGAUGCAGGGAGUCCAUUGAGGCCUGUGAGGCUAGAAACAUUUGCAGACCGGCUGUCUCAUCUGGAGACUCAGUUCCUCAGUCAGCAGCCUGAGCUUUGGAAGAGGAGCAGGAUCCACCUGGAGAGGCACCUCAAAACAGCCCAGCCCACAGAGCCAGUCAGUCUGAUCCUGACUGCUGGUCACAAGGCUGAGAAGACACUGCACUGCCUGGCUCAGGGCCUGGCCUCCGCCUUCUCUUCUGCCCUCAACGCCUCCGUCCUCCACAUUGAUGGAGCCAGCAAAGCCAGCCAGGACAGCGAUGAGGUGAAGCUGUACAUUGACCAACAGCUACAGGCAGCCUUUGAAGGAGACAAACCCGCUGCCAUUAUUCAUCGCCUGGAAGAGCUGCCACCAGGCUCCACCCUCAUUUUUUACCGCUACUGUGACCAUGAGAACGCCGCAUACAAGCGGGUGUUCCUGUUGUUUACUGUGCUACUGCCUGAGGAUGAGGUACGAGGUGAUAAGAGUUUGAAAUAUGUAGAGGAGAAGGUGCAAGACUAUGUCAAAGAUAGGCUGGUGGGCUCUAGCGACCAAAUUGCCUUCAAUGACAUGGACAUUGACAAGUUUGGUGGACUGUGGAGCCGCAUCUCACAUCUUAUCUUGCCUGUGGUGUCUGAGAGGGAAAUAGAGCAGAAAGGAUGCUCAUGAACCAAGCUGGCAUCCCCAAAGAAGUCAGGAUACAAUUCUGGACCAGCCUGAUCCUUUUUGGCACUGUGCAGAAGCUUUGACAUAGAAGUACAUGACAUAACAUGGAAAUAUAACGUGUGUGUUGUGAUAUUUCACAUAUAGAUUUGAGUUCAAAUGUUUGAAGGUUGUAUGAAUCUCUCUUUGUCAGAGAUGAGACUCAAGCUGCAGCCCAACUGCACUAUUUUUUGCAUUGAGUUAUCUUAAACUCAUGGUUUCACAUCAGCAAAAUGAGAUUAGCUGAAUCUAUAUCUGUAGCUAAACUGAAGAAUUGUUCUCUCCUUAAAAGAUGUACAGCACUCAGGUUUUACAUAUAAAUAUUUUUACAUGUACUGGCUUUGCAUUAGGAUGUAACCAAGUUGUUGCACCAUCAUUCCCCCUCCAAAAUAGGGUAAUAAAUGCAUAUGUUCAUGCAGAUUUAGCAUGCAAUAUAUUUGCAGAUUAGCAUACAGUGUAUACAAAAUAUAGUUCAAUUUCUUUUCUCCUACUCAAAAAUCAACAGCACUUUGUUCAACAGCUUUUUAAUGAACAUUUUUCACUUAAGAGGAGUUUUUGAUGGAGCAUGGAUUAUACCAAGCCCUUCUUUGGAGCUAACAAAAAACAUAUUUAAUUUUUUUUUUGAGUUCUUUGUUUUGGGUGAAAAUCUAGAUUUCUUGUUCUGUAUCAAAUCCUCCGUAUGACUGAAGGUAUAUUUUAUAUUUCUGUUUAAAUGUCCCCAUGAAUAUGUGUGUCACUUCAUUUAUUUCUCUUACAAAUACAGUUUGAUUGGUUUUGCACUAGAAAUGUUUGAUCUUUAAUUAACCAUCUUAUCAAAAGUACUUGCUUUUAUUAAAAAAUAUAUUUUAUUAUUCUUUGUUCUGAAUGUGUAUAUUUGUGAUAUGUUGUCUCUUCUUGCUAGAGUGGAAUAUUUUUGGAUAUCUGUAUAUAUACAUUGGAUAUAAAAAAGUUUGUUGUUUGCACCUGUUGUCAAGAAACCACUGAAAUCUACUUAAAAGUGUUGUCGACUUACGGUUCUAUUCAGUUUCUUACUAAGUGAUUUGAAUUUGUAAAAAUACAAAAAAGUGUAAAAAUACUUUGACUACUAGUCAGCAAGUCACAAAAUGUGCCUUAAAUGCAAGAUUAGACCAUAUUUGAAAUGUACCAAAACACGAAUCAAUCAUUUGAUACUGUAUCUUGACAACAUCAGAACUCAAACAAGGUUUUUCUUUUUUGUGCUGAUUUAUAUUUUGAUUAUAAAGUUUUCUCUUUUGUGAUAUUGCUCAUUCCUCUUAUGUUAUCAUUCUGAGAUGAAGUUUGUUCUUGCUGUUAUGAAUAUCUGGGUAUUUUCAAUAAAGAUUAUUUUGAUACGUAGAUGAGUUAA